AUGCUCUCAAUAAGGUCUCAAAUACUCAAGUCAUCAAAACGUCACAUCUCAGCUUCUGCAAGAAGACUAGCAGAUGUUGAAGUCACUAUCGAUGGUAGAAAAGUUUCCAUUGAAGCAGGAUCAUCGAUUAUUCAAGCAGCACAAUUAGCUGGAGUUCAAGUUCCUCGUUAUUGUUACCAUGACAAAUUAGCUAUUGCCGGUAAUUGCCGUAUGUGUUUGGUUGAUGUGGAAAGAAUGCCUAAAUUAAUUGCAUCGUGUGCCGUGCCUGUACAAAAUGGUAUGGUUGUUCACACUGAUUCAGAAAGAAUUAAAAAGGCUAGAGAAGGUGUCACCGAAAUGUUGUUGGAGAAUCAUCCUUUAGAUUGUCCUAUUUGUGAUCAAGGUGGUGAAUGUGACUUGCAAGAACAAUCGCAAAGAUACGGAUCUGAUCGUGGAAGAUUCAAGGAGUUGGUUGGUAAAAGAGCUGUUGAAAACAAAGCAAUCGGUCCUUUGGUUAAAACUUCAAUGAACAGAUGUAUCCACUGUACUAGAUGUGUUCGUUUCAUGAAUGAUGUUGCUGGUGCCCCUGAACUCGGUGUUGCUGGUAGAGGAAAUGAUAUGCAAAUUGGAACCUAUAUUGAAAGGAACAUCAACUCGGAAAUGUCAGGUAACAUCAUUGACUUGUGUCCUGUUGGUGCCUUAACUUCAAAGCCAUAUGCUUUCAGAGCAAGGCCAUGGGAGUUGAAGAGAACUGAAACUAUUGAUGUUUUGGAUGCUGUUGGUUCAAACGUCAGAGUUGACUGCAGAGGUAUUGAAGUCAUGAGAGUAUUACCUAGGUUAAAUGACGAUGUUAAUGAAGAGUGGAUUUCCGAUAAAACCAGAUUUGCCUGUGAUGGUUUGAAAACUCAACGUUUAACCACUCCAUUGAUUAGAAACGGUGAUAAGUUUGAAACUUCGACUUGGGAUGAAGCAUUGUCAACAAUUGCAGCUGCAUACACCAAGAUCAAGCCACAAAAUGGGGAAUUGAAAGCUGUUGCUGGUGCUUUAGUUGAUGCUGAAUCAUUGGUUGCAUUGAAGGACUUGGCUAACAAGUUGGGUUCUGAAAAUGUCACUACAGAUGUACCACAAGCAGUCGACGCUCACGGUUUGGACAUCAGAUCCAACUAUAUCUUCAACUCCACCAUUGAUGGUAUAGAAGAUGCCGACCAAAUUCUUUUGGUAGGAACAAACCCAAGAUUCGAAGCAGCUACAUUAAACACAAGGAUAAGAAAAGUGUGGUUGAGAUCAGGUUUGGAAAUUGCCUCAGUUGGUCAAGAAUUUGACGCUACGUUCGACGUUAACAGAUUAGGAGAAAACGCCAACGAUCUCAAGAAAGUACUCGACGGUGAAUUUGGAGAAAAAUUAUCUAAAGCUUCAAGACCAUUGAUCAUUGUUGGUUCAGGUGUCGCUGAUUCCCAAGAUGCCCAAACAAUUUACAACACUGUUGGUGAAUUUGCAUCAAAGCACAAAAACUUCAACUCUCCAGAAUGGAACGGUGUCAACUUGUUGCAUCGUGAAGCUUCAAGAGCUGCUGCUUUGGAUAUUGGAUUCAACACCUUGUCUGAACAGACCGCCAAGCCAAAAUUCAUUUAUUUAUUGGGCGCUGAUGAAGUAUCCAACAGUGAGAUUCCAAAAGAUGCUUUCGUUGUUUACCAAGGCCAUCACGGUGACGUUGGUGCCUCUUUUGCUGAUGUCAUCUUGCCGGGUGCUGCCUACACCGAGAAAUCGGCCACUUAUGUAAAUACCGAAGGAAGAACCCAAAUUACCAGAGCCGCCACUAACCCACCAGGUGUUGCUCGUGAAGAUUGGAAGAUUUUGAGGGCAUUAUCUGAAUAUUUGGGUGCCAAGUUACCAUAUGAUGACAUUGUUUCCGUAAGGAUGAGAUUGGGUGAAAUUGCUCCACAUUUAGUAAGACACGAUGUUAUUGAACCAGUAUCUUCUGAAAUUGCCCAAAUCGGAUUCCUUGACUUGGUGAAUAAAAACAAAUCAGCCAAGAUUUCUGGCAAACCAUUGAAGAACCCAAUAACCAACUUUUACUUUACUGAUGUGAUAUCAAGAUCUUCACCAACAAUGGCAAAAUGUGUUGCUGCAUUUGGUGCUAAAAUAGACAAGACAAAGGAUGAAAAGCCAGCUAUCAACUUUUAA